AUGGUCGCCACCUCCCUCCAGCCCAAAACGUUCACCUACGACACGUCACUUGACCUCAAGCUUGACGUUUACCUUCCCACCAGCCGACAGUCUACCAAAAACGGCAAGGUACCCGCAUUCGUCCAUUUCCAUGGAGGUGGUAUGGUUACUGGCUCGCGAAAUGAUGCCUUCUUUCCCGAGUGGAUCAAUACCAUUCUACCUGCGAAGGGUUUCUUGGUCGUCUCAGCAGACUAUCGUCUUCUGUUUCCGAGCACCCCAGCCGACAUGGUCACCGACGUGCAUACCCUCUUCUCAUAUCUUUCUACCUCGUCCACUCCACUCGAUACUUGGCUCUCCAGCCUUGAUAUAGCCCUCGACGCUGGGCGCUUCGUCGUCAGCGGACAAUCUGGUGGCAACUACCCCGCCCGCGCUGCCGCUACCAAUGCGACAGUCACUCCCCGUCCCAUCACGUGGCUUUCCCUGUUCGGCCAAGGUAGCGACUGGCUCUCUGACUUCUGGCUCUCGCCUCAGAACGUCUUGCCUUAUACGCCCUUCUUCGAGUACGACCAAACCCGGGCGAAAAAAUUGGUUGAACAAGGCGGGGGGAAAGUGGUUUCGGACAGUGCUUAUUUGACGCUGCAAGGAGGCAAGGUUGGGCAUACGACGGGACGAAACAAUCUAUACAUCCAUUUUGCGCAGACAGGACUCUAUGUUGAUGUCCUCCUGUCUUCCCCUGGAAUCGCUUCCAAGCUUGGCACAGCGCCAUACACUGAACGCCUCUCGCUACUCCCGCCCAGCCUCCUCCCCUUACUCCUUCCAAUCACCGCUUCCACCCCGCCAACGUAUAUCAUCCAUGGCACAUCCGACCACAUGGUGCCCAUAGCCGAUAGCUACAAACUGAAGGACGAUUUGGAGAAAGAAGGUGUACAGGUGCGAGUCGACUGGGUAGAAGGGGCAGAGCAUGGGUUAUUGGCGGAUGAUUUUGGAGGGUUGGUGGAAGGGUUUGACGGGGUUGUUGGGAGAGUUGUAAAAUGGCUUGAGAAGAGGGUGAAUUGA